CCGCCCCAGGCCCCCCCCAUGGAGCCCGAGGCCCUGGAUUCCCGCAAACGGCCCCUCGAAACGCCCCCCGAGGUGGUCUGCACCAAGCGCAGCAACACGGGAGAGGAAGGCGAAUACUUCCUGAAGGUGCUGAUCCCCAGCUACGCGGCAGGCUCCAUCAUCGGCAAGGGCGGGCAGACCAUCGUACAGCUGCAAAAGGAAACCGGAGCCACCAUCAAGCUCUCCAAGUCCAAAGACUUCUACCCUGGAACCACAGAGCGGGUGUGCCUAGUACAGGGCACAGCAGAGGCCUUGAAUGCUGUGCACAGCUUUAUUGCUGAGAAGGUCCGAGAAAUUCCACAAGCAAUGACCAAGCCUGAAGUGGUCAACAUCCUUCAACCCCAAACCACGAUGAACCCCGACAGAGCCAAGCAGGCCAAGCUGAUCGUCCCCAACAGCACAGCCGGCCUGAUCAUCGGCAAAGGGGGCGCAACGGUGAAAGCUGUGAUGGAACAGUCGGGUGCCUGGGUGCAGCUGUCCCAGAAGCCGGAGGGCAUCAACCUGCAGGAGCGCGUGGUGACCGUCAGCGGUGAGCCCGAGCAGGUGCACAAGGCUGUCAGCGCCAUAGUGCAGAAGGUCCAGGAAGACCCCCAGAGCAGCAGCUGCCUCAACAUCAGCUACGCCAACGUGGCCGGCCCCGUGGCCAACUCCAACCCCACCGGCUCGCCGUAUGCCAGCCCCGCCGAUGUGCUGCCUGCUGCAGCCGCCGCCUCCGCCGCCGCCGCCGCCUCUGGCCUGCUGGGCCCCGCUGGGCUGGCUGGCGUGGGAGCCUUUCCCGCCGCCCUGCCCGCCUUCUCAGGCACCGAUCUGCUGGCCAUCAGCACGGCGCUUAACACGCUGGCCAGCUACGGCUACAACACCAACUCCCUCGGCCUGGGCCUCAACUCGGCCGCAGCCUCUGGCGUCCUGGCUGCUGUGGCCGCCGGCGCCACCCCUGCCGCUGCCGCCGCCGCCAACCUCCUCGCAUCCUACGCAGGAGAGGCAGGGGCUGGGCCGGCCGGAGGGGCCGCCCCGCCGCCGGCCCCGCCGCCCGGAGCCCUGGGGUCCUUCGCCUUGGCCGCAGCCGCCAAUGGCUACCUCGGCGCUGGGGCGGGCGGCGGGGCGGGUGGGGGAGGCGGCCCGCUGGUGGCUGCUGCGGCUGCUGCGGCGGGGGCUGGGGGCUUCCUGACGGCAGAGAAGUUGGCAGCUGAGAGCACCAAGGAGCUGGUGGAGAUUGCGGUGCCCGAGAACCUGGUGGGGGCCAUCCUGGGCAAGGGGGGCAAGACGUUGGUGGAGUACCAGGAGCUCACAGGCGCCCGCAUCCAGAUAUCCAAGAAGGGCGAGUUCCUGCCGGGCACGCGGAACCGCCGGGUCACCAUCACUGGCAGCCCCGCGGCCACGCAAGCCGCCCAAUACCUCAUCAGCCAGCGGGUCACCUAUGAGCAGGGGGUGAGGGCCUCAAACCCCCAGAAAGUGGGAUGAGGCCUGUGGUGCGUGCUCCCACCCCUCUCCCUGUCCCUCCUCUUCCUCCUCCUCCUCCUCCAACUCCCGACCUCAGCUUGGUGUAGUCCUGCUCCUCAUGGGACGGGGUCGGGGUAGGCCUGACUGCACCCCCCCCCUUCUGGUAGUCAUAGGCAGGAUUGAGUACUGGCUGGGGACAGGGCCCAGAAGCCCCCUCCUCAGCCUUGAACUGACCCCUCCUUCCUCCCUCCCUGUGCUUGACUGGGCCUGACCCUCCUCUCCCAGGGCCCAGGUCUGUGUGAUAUCUGUAUAUAUUGCAUUUUGUUGAUUUUAAUAGAAAAC